UGAAAGCGCCCUUCAUUUCUUAAACUGUUCGCACUUUCGAAAGAGAGGGAAUUGAUAACAAAUUUUCUGAGUCAGCAAUUUGUUUUUGCAGAAAUAUUGUAAAUGGCUUAGUUGAAUGCAUUAUUUCUGCUACUCAAUACUACAAUGAACACUUUUACAGAAGAAGAAAAGAAGGUUGUUGAAGAGUUGAGGAAGAGAACAAUCAAUGAUGUGACUCCAAAGAUGCUGGAAGAUGUAUCACUGUUUCAUCGUUUUGCUAAAGCGCGAGAUUUUAAUCUGGUAGAAGCUGAAGCUAUGUUGAGAAAACAUAUCGCCUGGAGAAAAGAAAUGCAAAUCGAUACAAUUCUAACAGAUUAUGAACCACCAGAAGUUUUUCUCAAAUAUGUCCCUACAAGCUACGUAUGCCUUAACAAAGAAGGAUGCGCCGUUCGAAUUUUAGAUACUGGUAGGAUAGAUGCGAAAGGUCUUUGGAAUGCAACAAAGAAAAUGGAUUUCGCGAAGUAUUGUGCUUUUUGUAUGGAAUAUGAUAAAGAUAUGGUGUUCAAGACUGGUGGAAAUAAGCUUGGAAAACGAAUAUUUUAUGAUAUUUAUGACUUUGAGGGCAUGACAUAUGCAAAUGCUGUAAAUAUGAAAAGUCUACAGAAUGCAAUUUAUAUUCUGAAAAUGUAUUUAGACAAUUACCCUGAAUCAAUAAGUGUCCUAACGGUCAUCAAUGCACCUGUUUAUUUCACUUGGAUAUAUGCUGCUAUGAAGCCAGUCCUCCCACCUGCAGUCAUUCAAAAAGUGCGUAUCUUUGGAACAGAUGGAUGGAAAGAGGUUUUGUUGGAGGCUAUUGAUGCAGAUGAUCUUCCAGUAUAUCUAGGAGGUAACAGAACAGACCCUGACGGAAACCCAUUCUGCGAAUCCUUUAUUGUUAGGGGCAAACCCAUUCCCAAGAGCUAUUACAUACAAAACAGAAUAAAACAAUUAUCUCUGGAUCCUGAUGUGAAGAAAAUCACGGUGAUGCCAUUCUCAAAAGAAGAAAUAACUCUCGAAGUAAAGGAAGAGAAUUUGUAUCUUGAAUGGGAAUUCGAAACAAAGAAUAGAGAUAUAAAUUUUUCAUUGUAUUUCAGACCUCUAGAAGACUUCAAAAAUGUUGAACUCAUACCGAAACAAAGGAUCGAUACUUCCUAUGAACCCGAGAAAGGGUGCUUAAGUUGUGAAAGAUUAGGCAUAUAUACAAUUGUUUUCGACAAUUCAUACAGCUGGAUUCACUCAAAAGAAGUGUAUUACAGAAUUGCAAUAAAAGGCUCAAAGGACAAUGACCUUUACAAAUUACCAUGACAUUAAUUUUUUUUUUAUCGUUUUAAAGGCAUUUAUUUUGAAAUUCGAAAUGGAAAGACGUGCGUUCUUUUGUAUCACAUCCAUGUUAAAUAAACACUUUGCUCAUGUU